CAGCUCCUUUCUCGCGGCGCAGUUCCCUGUCUCUAUUGAAUAGUCUCUGUCGCAACCUCCACAUCCAUAAGUUACCUCGGCACUGAGCUCAGGCCGUUGCAGCUUCUCUCUACUUGAACAUGUCUUCCUUCAAGAACGCUAUUCCCAGACGGGCUCACAAAGAGCGUGCUCAGCCGUCCUCGAGGAAAAAAUUUGGCCUUCUUGAAAAGCACAAAGACUAUGUCGUACGUGCAAAAGCAUUCCAUAAAAAGGAGGAGGCUAUACGGAAACUUAAAGAGAAAGCAGCAUUCAGAAACCCGGAUGAGUUUUAUUUCAAAAUGAUCAGAUCAAAAGUGGUUGAUGGAGUUCAUAGACCUGAGAGUGAAGCAAAUAAAUAUACACCUGAAGAGCUUAUGUUGAUGAAAACCCAAGAUAUAGGAUAUGUUCUUCAAAAAGUUCAGAGUGAGAGAAAGAAAGUUGAAAAGCUAACUGCUUCAUUGCACUUUGUUGAUCACCAGCAGUCUGGCCAUAUUUACUUUGCUGAGGACAGGCAGGAAGCUAAAGAAAUUAAGUCACAAAUUAAGGGAAGGAAGAAUUUUGAAUCAAGUGAUGUUCCUGAUGAGAUUAAGAGGCGAACGGCUGCCUCUUAUAGAGAGUUGGAAGAGAGGAAGAAUAGGUUGAGUCAACUGGAGAGAAUAUACAAUGAUAUGGUAAUGCAGAAGGAGCUACAGAAAAAGGGUCGAAAACGGAAACUACGGGAAGAUGAAGUUGUCUGUCCAACAUCAAGACCAGUGUACAAGUGGCGAUCUGAGAGAAAACGAUAGUAAUUCUUAAUGCUCUGACCUGCAUUUUGGUAUACCCCAGCCCCACUAUUGUAGUUCUUUAAUUUGGUCCCCGACUUCACUUGCUCAUAUCAAUUUGUGGGAUUAGUGGAUUCUAUGAUACAAAUUAAUGUCUUCGCGCAGCGUUGGAAUUGAUAUUUCAAUUAAUUUUACCUUUCGUUUCGUUUGGAUGGGAA